AUGGGGAAGAGUCACUUUGUGUUGAUUCAUGGAAUAAACUAUGGUGCAUGGUGUUGGUACAAAGUUUCAAGUCUUCUAAAGUCAGCUGGUCAUGAUGUUACAUCUUUGGACAUGGCUGCUUCUGAUGAAAAAGUGAUUCUUGUUGGUCACAGUUUUGGUGGAAUCUACAUAUCCAUGGCUAUGGAAAGGUUUCCUCACAAAAUCUCUGUUGCAGUUUUUGUUACUGCUUUUGUUCUAACUGAAAAUCUCACUCACCCAGAUAUUAUUCAAGAGUUUAGAAGAAGAAGAGAUGGAGAAGAGAAUUGGUCAAUGGACUCAACAAAUUUCUUUUUUGAUGGGCCCAAUAACCCUCCAACAGCCUUAUUAUUUGGACCUAAAUUUAUGGAAUGCAAAAUGUACCAAUUAUCACCACCUGAGGAUUUGACGCUUGCAUUAUCGUUGGUAAGACCAUUUCCUCUCUUCAGAGAUAAAGAAUUAUUUCUGAAAGAGAUGAAAGUUAGCAUGGAGAAAAAUGGAAGGGUACCUAAAAUCUUCAUCAUUUGUAAAGGAGACAAUAUGAUAAAAGAGGACUCACAAAGGUGGAUAAUUCAGAAAAGUGGUCCUUUUGUUGAGGUGAAUGAGAUUAAUGAUUCGGAUCAUAUGGUCAUGUUUUCCAAACCAAAAGAACUUACCUCUCUUUUACAACAAUUUGCAGAUAAAUAUUAA